AUGGAAGAACAACUGGCAGAUCAGCGCUCAGACAUGUACGACCAGUCUGAUGCACAUGGCCCUGAGCUUGUUCAACGUCCACCAGAAGAAGCUAAGCGGUCGCAAAGACAUGCCAGCGUCUACGAUGCUGUUGCAGAUGAGAAGACGCCUCACGCCAGCUCCAAACCGCCCAGGCUGACUAGACAUCCCAUCAACGCUUCCGCGUUAGCCCCGGAGGAGGUUCUGUUCCGUCGCAAGUCAGCACCCGAGCGCUUUGCCGAGUUCGAUGUCUACAUGGCACAUGACCGGAACCUCACAGACGGUGGUCGCACAUCCCUGCCGGAUUCUGAUCUUCUCAAAUCCGUACACACCUAUGCGAGCUACUUUUAUUCUGCCCUUGGCGGCCCAAAGCGCAAUCUUUCGUACCAAGUUGGCGCUCGCAAUAUUGACGAGAGAAGUAUGGAUGAGUCGGCCUUAAUCGCCUUGGGCAUUUUGCUCGAAGAGGCUGGCAGAGACGUCUUAGGAAGCAAAGGAGACAUGGUCUUCACCGAGGGCCUCCAACUACCCGAGGACAGCAACCCGACGUAUCAAGAACCACGCGCCGCGACCAACACGCCAACUUAUCCUGUGCUCGGACACGUGAGCCGGGAGACAGCCCAUGUCGGUUUCGCUGACGUUGGGUCCUGGAAAAGGGCAACCAAACGACAAAAACUGAGCGAUCCCGAUAAUGCCUAG